UGGCCUCGUGAAAUAUAUUCCUCUUGAGGAAAUGCAGAAUCGGAAGGUUUGUGUCCUUUGUAACUUGAAGCCUGCAACCAUGAGGGGCAUUAAGUCACAAGCAAUGGUCUUGGCUGCAUCAAACGAUGACCACACAAAGGUUGAGUUAGUUGAUCCACCAUCAUCAGCCAAGGUUGGUGAACGAGUGACCUUUCUGGGAUACUCAGGCGAACCAAACAGCGUCUUAAACGCCAAGAGCAAAGUUUGGGAGAAGCUGCAGGUUGAUCUGCAGUCUAAUAAAGAGUGGUUGCCUGUUAUAAGGAUGUGCCUUUCACAACAUCUGCUGGUGUUUGUAAAGUUUCGUCUAUCACAAAUGGAGCCAUAAGGUAGACAAUCUGCCUUUUUACAUUAAGGUCCAAUGCAUUAUAAACCAAAAAUUAUAACAAGUAUGAGGUCAAAAAAGUAUUGAACAACAAACAUAAAUCUUAAAUGAGUUUCAUAUGCUAAAUAAACUCCAUCAAGAAACUACUACUUGAUUAAAGGAUAAAAUUUCUAGUCUUAGUGAAAGUGCAGGCUCAACUUGCAACUUUA